AGGGGAAGGUUAUCAGCGAUGCACAGCUCUUUGGACAGCUGUCAUGGCGUCAGGACUCCUUGCAUCCCGUGGCGUGCUAACGCUCGGACUUCACUAUCAGCAUGUCUGCCGUUCCGUUCUUGUCACACAGACCCGACAAAAGAAGCGUUGGAUGAAGGCUUACACACGUAUAAUGGAAGCCAAGCUUAAGCUCGAGGGACCCCCGCCACCGAAGCGACGCUCAGAGAAGCCAAACUGGGAUUUCCAUGCAGAGGUGGAGGCGUUCGGCGCCCGUUUGCAGGAAAACUUCCAGAUGGAGAGGCUGAAGGCGGCCUUCGUGAACCCGUGCUACGUACGCGUGGAGCAGGAGCGACGUAGCGCCUUGGGCCUGGAGCCUGAGAUGGCCGUGCUAGCCCUGAAGGACAACAAGAAGCUCCGCACCAGAGGCGUUGCCCUCACACGGGACUUCCUGUCGGACUGGUGCCGUGCCAGCUUCCCCAGCCUGCCCGCCGAGGGAGCAUCCGCCCUGGUGGACCACCUGAUGACGCCCGAGGUGGUGUGCCACGUGGCACGAAACCUGGGUGUGGAGGACCUGACGAUGAGUGCCGAGGUGCCGGUGCCUGACGAUGUUCUGUAUGGAACAUUCUGCGCGGUGGUGGCUGCGCUGGAGGAGAGCAGUGGGCCACAGAGAACCGGACUCUUCCUCAGGGAUUUCCUGACCACGCAGCUGAUUGGUAAGGAUCUGUUUGACCUGUGGUCAGUGGUGAACCCCAUGGGCCUACUGGUGGAGGAGUGCACCCGCCGAGGGCUGCCCCUUCCCGAGCCUCGUCUCCUUCGCUCGGCUGGGGCCAGCACUGUCCUGCCACUCUUCUUUGUGGGCCUCUACUGUGAUAAGAAACUCCUGGCGGAGGGUCCUGGUGAAACACUGCUAGCUGCCGAGGAGGAGGCCGCCCGUGUGGGUCUCAGGAAGCUCUACGGAUACACAGAGAACCGCCGGCCCUUGGAUUUCAGCCCAGCCCCGCAACUGCACGUGUCCCAAAGCAACACGCAAGCACUCAGCAGCGGUUAGAAGGGAGCUCACACGUUCUCACAAACAGUCAACGCUCUUGUCAUUCGCCAGAGGACUUUCAGCCUAUUUCUCAAAAAAAGAAACCAACAAGAACUGGUAUUUUCUUGAUCGGUUAGACAAAAAAGUUUGAACAGGCUGAACAAAGAUAUAGUACUCAGCAGAGAACACGGUGAGAAACAACCUCUCACACACCUCAAAACAGGACAGAGACAUUGAGCUGUAAAUCAGAGGCAUUUCAUUGGAUGUCCUUGUUUUGUCUAUUUUUUUUGUCUGUCAUUGCAAAUGUAUUAUUAAUACUCAUGCAAAAUAUUCAUGAAUAAUAAAAUAGUUAUUUCAGAAAAGGA